AUGGAUUCCAUUACCGUUUUCUUCUCCUUCUUAAUUCUCCUCCUCACCCCUUCAUCAUCCCUCCUUACCGACGACAAUUCUACAGACAAUGUCUAUGAAAACUGUCGCUUCUCAUUCCUUAAAUCCCUAUCCGCGGCUACUAAAUUCGCAAACUUAGUAGACAACUACCUCCGUAGUUCAUCUGGCUUAACCGUUGGCGCGAUCAAUGCACUUGAAGAUUGCCAAUACUUAGCUAGACUAAACAUUGACUUCCUUUCAACUUGUCUUCAAACAAUCAACUCCACUCAAACAACAAGCCUUCCCGGUACGAAAAUAGAAGACACUCAAUCCAUCCUUAGUGCUAUUUUAACUGAUACUGAAACAUGUGUAGACGGCUUAAAAGAAAAUGCUGCUUCUUGGACAUCGAAAAACGGCAUCAUAUCUCCAAUAAGAACUGAUGACAAAUUGUAUAGUACUUCACUAGCUCUUUUCAACAAAGGAUGGGGUAGUAGUAAAAAGGGUAAAAGAAUUGGUUUUUCACAUAGAUUAUACAAUGGUUUCAAAAAUGGUAAAUUGCCAACAUUUAAAAUGUCUCAAAAGCCAAAAACUAUAUUAGAAAAUGUUGGUGAUCAGAUAGUUGUUAGUAAUUCUGUGGUGGUAAGUCAAGAUGGUACCGGUAACUUUACCAAAAUUACUGAUGCGGUUAACUCUGCCCCGAAUAAUUCUGAUGCUACUGCUGGUUAUUUUGUGAUAUACGUGAGGGCCGGUCUUUAUGAAGAGUAUGUUAACAUUCCAAAAAGCAAAAAGUACUUGAUGAUGAUCGGCGAUGGAAUUAAUCAGACUGUGAUCACCGGAAAUCGUAGUGUUGUUGAUGGCUCGACCACCUUCCGUUCUGCAACAUUCAUUGUUGUAUCACCUUACUUUGUGGGAGUCAACUUGACAAUUCGAAACACAGCAGGAGCCAUAAAACAUCAAGCAGUGGCAUUAAGAAAUAGUGCCGAUUUGUCAACGUUUUAUAGCUGCAGUUUUGAAGGCUACCAAGAUACAUUAUACGCACACUCCCUGCGUCAGUUCUAUCGUGAAUGUGACAUAUAUGGCACGGUUGACUUUAUUUUUGGAAAUGCGGCUGCAGUGUUCCAAAACUGUAACAUAUAUCCACGCUUACCUAUGUCCGGUCAGUUCAAUGCCAUUACAGCACAAGGCAGAACAGAUCCGGGCCAAAACACAGGUACUUCUAUACAAAGGUGUAACAUUCGGGCUGCUGAUGAUUUGGCAGCUAGUAAUGGGACUACGGUAACAUAUUUGGGGCGUCCUUGGAAAGAGUAUUCGAGGACGGUCUAUAUGCAGUCUUAUAUGGAUAGUUUGAUUACUCCAGCAGGGUGGUCGAUAUGGUCUGGUGAUUUUGCGUUGAAUACAUCUUAUUAUGCAGAGUUUAAUAACUCUGGGCCUGGGUCGGAUACUAGUAGUAGAGUUACUUGGCCUGGAUUUCAUGUUAUUGAUGCAACGGAAGCUGUUAACUUUACUGUGUCUACUUUUAUACUUGGUGAUGAGUUUUUGCCUCAGACGGGUGUCCCUUACGAUGGAGGGUUAUGAUCGGUGAAUUCAGUGCCAUUUAUACAGCAUACCCCUAUUUUAAAUUUAAAAUGUAUACUGAUUUAUA